UGACCCUCGCCGAGCGAGCGUCGCGGGCUGCACCGGGUCCCAGGCCGGUGUCUCUUCCCCGGCUCCCAGGGGUUUUUGCCGACACCCCUCCUGCGCCACAGCUGUUCCUGUGCUGUUCACUUGCUUUUCGCUCCCCACCCAAAGGUGAGCCUUGAGAGGACACACCCUUGUGUAGAGCUUUGAACUUUUGUCCGGAAAGGUGCCGGGCACGUAAUCAAUGCCCGGGAGCACUCGCUUACGGGGUCCUCCCGAGACCCACCGCAGCCUCUUCCCGGAGCCCCGAGGCCCCGCCCCUUACGGCUCCGCGCCCCGCCCCGCCUGCGCCCUGCGGAACCCGGAGUCGCAGGCGCGCUGCUGGAGGACGGAAUUCGGCGUCGGACUCUGCGCCUCGUAGUUCCGGUGGCUACUGCGGCGCAUGGCGGCCCUAGGACAUUCUGCCGGGGAGGCAGCGGCGGUCCCAGCCCCGGGGAGUCCCCGCGCGUCCCGCAGACACCUGCUCCUCGACCCGGUUUCUAGCGCCGGGAAUCCUUCCGCUGUCUGUCUCUGCCCAGGGCAACGCACGUGCAGUAACACCGCCUCCAGAGUGCACCCGUUAGGCGAUGAAGGCAGCGCAGCGUCGAAAAAACAAAAGAAGAAGAAGAAGAAAACCUUGAACAGGGCCUCUGUGGCAAAUGGCGGCGAGAAGGCCUCAGAGAAACCCGCCCCAGAGGAAGUCCCCCUAAGCGCUGAGGCCCAGGCACAGCAGUUGGCCCAAGAAUUGGCUUGGUGUGUGGAGCAGCUGGAGCUGGGCCUCAAGAGGCAGAAACCCACUCCGAAACAGAAAGAGCAGGCUGUUGGAGCAAUCCGAACCCUGCGCAGCAAAAGAACUCCCCUGCCCCGGAAGAGGCAGCUGAUGCACUCCUUGUUUGGAGACUACAGGGCUCAGAUGGAAGCCGAAUGGCGUGAGGCCCUGCGGGCUCUCAGAGCUGCUUAUUCAGCCCAGGUGCAGCCUGUAGAUGAAGCCACUAGAAAGAAGAGCCAAAGGGUCUGCAGGCCUCGCCCUUUAGGGAGAACCAAAGCCACUCUGGAAACUGCUCUGCCUGAUGAAGAGUUUAGGUUCAAUUUCUUUUAGCUUCUCCCCCAACUUGAAACAGUCCCCCUCCCUUGGGGUGGUGUAGGGGUUUGUCUUGAGUGCAGAGUCUUUCCAGGACUUCUGUUGGCAGAGAACCCUGGAGUUGGUCUUUCCCUGCCUGGUCCAAGGAUUUGGAGCUGUUGUGCAGGUGUGAGACCAUCAGACAGGCACAAGAACUCAUUUGUUUUUUGAUGAAAUGUUCCCUCUUCCAGAAGAGAGAGAGAGGUGCAGUUGGAAAACAUACAAUAAAUUGAAGUGAGUGUACAGGGUAUUGCAGAAGAAUAUUGUAGUCAGUCUUUAGGAUUAGCUUAAGUGGCUGUUGGUAACAAAGAUUAGUUGGAAAUCUAUUUAAUCGUACAGUGGUUUUCACUUUUGAAGGGAAUCCCUGUUAAAUGGUUUAGUGCUUUAUGCUGUUAUGUCACAUUGUCCUAAUCUCUAUUUUUGGUAAAAUUGGGUAAGGGAUGAAAGACCACCUGUGUUAGAGAAAGUACAGAAGAUGCUGGGGUCUGGUAUCCCUGGUCCAGGCUCCCACCUGGGUCCUUUGUCCAUGUUGCCUUCAUUCCUGACCAUGUGUCAUCCUCAGGGAACCAGUAUGGCCCCCACCAGGCCAGGCUCUGUUCUUAAGAGCAAGGAUCUUCUUGCCCUAACAAUUCUGGCCUGAGACCCGGAUUGAGCCUCAGCUGACUUCUUGCCUAAAUGUUGGCCAUGUCAGUCUCAGGUCCUCUCUUCCAUGGAAUUGGGAAUCUCCAGGUGACCUAAUCCUUAUUGGUGGCUCAGUAUUUGCUAGUGUCUCCCAAACUCAGUUCCCAAACCCGGACCCCAACUGCCUACUAAGCAUUUCCACUGGGGUAUUUCAUAGGCAUUUCAAACGUGAUAUGUUUAAACCACUUGAUUAAGCUCUAGUUUCCCUUUGGCUUCUGCUUUUCAGUGAAUGACACAACUGCUCAUCUAGUUGAUAUGGCAAGAAGCCUGUGUAAUCCUUGAUUGCUAUCUUUCAAGCACUAUAUACUUUGAGUACUUUAGCUGGCAUAUCAGCUCUGUCUUCAAAAUAAAUCUCAAAUAUUUCAUGUUUUCUUUAUCUUCACUACUGCUCAUUCUACAUGUGACUUUUCUUACCUUGCCUGCUGUGUUAGCCAGACUGACUCUUCAUGUAUGGUGGAUCACAUUCUCCUGAUCCAUGACUUUCCUGUACCUAGAAUACAAUAUGAAGGCUGAUGUACAAUGCCCUACCUAGGCCUGCAUGUGUUUACUCCCCUGACGGCCUCUCUGAUAUGGUCCCCCUCUGCUCCUCAGGCAACUGAAUUUCAUCCUGCCUCAAGGUCUUGCUCUUACUUUUGCCUGGAUUACUCUUCCUCCAGAUCUUAGCAUAACUGGCUUCCAGGAAAGUAAACAUCAGAUUUGUGUGAGAAAGUGGCUCUAUGCCCUAUGAUUCAUCAGGCUGAGGUAACAGAUUCAGGAAACAGAUUUCCUCCAUGGUCACUGUGCAGAUGUAAAGUGUCA